GGGCGCAGUCUGUUUCAUUCAUAAAUAGCACUAGCGUAGUAUAAGAAACAGUAUACUGUAAAGCUAAAGCAGGCCUCCGUGUUGCUUUAAAACUUUAAAAAAAAAAUGACCACAGUUGCCAGAAAGGACAGCCAACUAUGUGAACCAGUUCCCCUGCCCUUGUGGGUUGACGGGGUUCCUCUGCUCCCCGCCAGCUGUUGCUCGUCUUUGAAAAGAAAAGUUAUCUUCCUAAUUAGCCUACAUAUGAGAAGCUUUCCGUAAGUUUCAAACAAGAGUUUCUCUGGGCUUACCAUGUUAGGAGGACGAAACUUUAAAAAGCACCAACCAUCCAACUGCGGUGAGUCUUUUCUCUGACCAGCUCUGGCGAUGAGAUUUUCAGGAGUAGUUCGGUCCUCUCACAACAACAAAGCGCUGGCAAAGCUGCGAAAACCGAAGCUCCAACUAACUUUGAUAAGGUCGGAUAAAGCUGAAGGAUGGUUUUUUCAGAGUGUGGUUGUGUUCCAUUGAUUUGGGACGCUCCUCUCUCCUCACAGAAACAAACCACUCCUUGUCGCUUUGUCCAGCAGUGAUGUCAUACAGAGGGAAAAUAGUCUCGAGAGUCCCGACCCCCAGGUUAACCAUUUGUGAGCAUAACGGUACCAGUACAGGAGUUUCCUACAAUAUAACACACGGUCAUUUGUUAAUUCGAACCGAAGCUGCCCGUAUCUGUGUAUAUCUGGCAGCGUAAAUCAAAGCAAAUUGUUAAAACGGCCUUGAACGCAUCACUCCGGAAGAGAUGAAUAGGUGUUACUGGGAUAGUAGGGGAGAACGGGGUAAGUUGAGCCAAAGGGUAAAUUGAGCCAUUCCCUAUUGCUUGGAAAUGGUAAAAGAAAUUGAUCAUGUGACCAAAUAUUUAGGAGAUGAGCAUCAAUUCAUGGAGUCUGUGAAGGUUAGAAGCACAUGGAUGAAGGGGUUAGACAUCUAUUUACAAAAAAAAAUAAAAUUAAAAAAAAUCAUUUUCACUCUUCAAAGUGAAUUUAGUCUGUCAUAAGUUUUAUAAGAAAUGUGUUCAAACCAAAAAAAAUCAUUUUAAAUUUGUUUUAUACAUCAAUUGUGGUAUCUAUGAGCUACAACAUGAGGUCAAAAACCUAGCAUAAAAGUCCACCAUUUUAGCUUAGAGGACUAAUACCAUAGACAUUAUAUACAUAGAUACCUUGUUAUGUGCUAGAGUGUAAUCCAGCGUUGCCGCGAUGUUGGAUGGGUCUCCCCACUUCAGCUUUGCUCAAGAGCCAAACAGAGUCAUUGGAGAACGAGCAACUAUGCCUGUAUUUUUGCACUCUAUGGUUAAAAAAACCUGACGCAGUAUUAAAACCAGAUCACAUAGAAUUAUAUUUCCCACAUAGCAUUGAAAAAUAAUUUGGUUUAUUUUUAAUGUGCGACAUUGUCCUGUAUUAUGGCUACAUCCCUGCCAUUGUAACAAACCAAACAGUGUGAAAAGCGGGCAGAGAUUCGGAGAGUUAAUAUUGAUAUGGUUGGGCAUUCCGACCUACCUUGAUGCACUGGAGGCACAUGGGGGACCCAUCCAAGAUGGCGGCCGCGCUGAUACGUGAGCUCCAAUAGGCAGCGUCAGGCUUUGCGGCGUCUCCUAUGGUCAACUUACCCCAUAGACGUGGCAUGCUAUAUUAUCCAGACUGUUAUGUUUACACUCAUUCUGUUGGUUUGCAGGGAUGCACAACAUCUUGAAAUAUAUGCAGAUACACUAGUAAGAGACAAAACUAUGAUUGCCUUGAUGUAGUGAUCAGAAAUAUGAAAAAUGGCUCACCUUACCCCACUCUCCCCUACUGGCAUCAAUACAAUCAGAUGAUUUGGCCCCUUGUCAUCAGUUUCUACCAACUGAGAAUUUUUUUUGACUCGCUAUUUUACGACAAUUGUGCGGAUUUGUGUCCUAACACCUCAAGCUUUAUAAGAAGAUUGAAAUCAUACUUGGCUCAACAAUGUGAACUGAGAUGGGACUUGCAGACUUGCAUUCAUUUGUCUGGAAACCCGUCUGCCCAAGACGUGACACAGCUUGGAAACUUUUAACAGAAGGAAAAUCAAUUGGUGACAUAUUGUCUGCAGCAAAUGACAAAAAAUUAGAACAAAUGUUUUGGUCAUUGGGCAGAAUAUCCAUGGAAAUUUAAUACAACAAAACUAAAUAACUUUUUUUUCACAAAACAUAUGCAUUUUUUUUCUUUUGGAAGCUUUUACAUUUGACAUUUUUGUUGACUUGCUCAGACAGAUGAAAAUUGCCCUUUGUCAUUCUAGUCUACUUUUGUGUGAAUUUCAAUAGAUUCUUUUUUCAAUAACUAAGGUAUUUUUUCGUGCUAUGCAGUAUACAACACAUUUUUAUCAUAACAUUUUUUAACUUUUGAUAAACUUAACUGGAAAAAAAUACAUAUAUUCAAGGUACCCUGACGGAAAAAGGCUGAAAGGACACACAGAAGUAAAAGCCCCUCUGCUUGGUCAAUUGAAGUAAACGUCACGUGUACCACGUGACAAGCAUCAGGAAGUGUAUCGAGUGUCAACAACACAAUGGUGAGUGUGCGGUUUUUUCUUUAUAUAAAUAGCAAAGUUGUCUUGGCACUCUGAAUAAAAUAAGCCUAGCGUUAGAAAGAAAUUCGUUUUGAGCAGCCAAGCGAUACAGACAUCCCGUAUGAUUUAGAAAUGAGGCAUUUUAAAAGCGAAACAAAUGGAGCUAAUGGGGUUUUUGCUUACGGAACUGUCCAUGAAAAAUAAAGCAAAGAUCGAUAUAAUGGUAUAAACGUUUUGAAUUCACUUCCUAACAAACCGAUGAAUGAUUCUGUCCUCAAAUUCAUCUGUAGAAACUCCGUAUUGCAUAUCAGCCUCCCCAAAAGCCUCAUGAUCACACCAGUAGCCCAAUACUCGUUUAUAUCCAACUCUCCUGCUUACAUUAGUGUCCAUACCAUCAUAAUGAGAGUGUCUUCUGUUUGUGGAAAAGGUGGAGAUGUCCUCUUCAGACUGGCAGCUUUCUUUGAAGCUGGUGGAUCAGCCCAAAUCCAUCUUCCACUUCCCAGAAAUGAUGCCAGGGGAUGUGCCACCAGGAGGAUACAGAGUCGCUACUUUAAAGCAGCUUGUGGCUGCACAGCUUCCAGACUCCAUCCCAGACCCGGAUCUAAUAGGUCAGGGUUGAGAAUAUGAUAACCUUUAAAUGAAACGUUUCUAUCAUUCAACUCUACCACCUGCUCUUUGUUCUUGAUAUAUAUUCUGCAUCAUCUCUGAGCGGAUCUGCCUGUUUUCAUCUGUUUCAGAGCUGGUCCAUUGUGGGAGGAAACUAAAGGAUGAUUUAACUCUGGACGCCUGUGGGAUUCAACCAGGAUCCACCUUACACAUCCUCAAAAAGACUUGGCCAGAACCAGAGAGCAGUUCAGGUAUGUACGUUAUAUCUUAAAGGGAUAUUCUGGUGUAAAAUUAAUUUAGGGUCGAACACACCGUAACACUGAGUUAGACACCCCCUCAAGAGAUGAAGGGGGUGUCUAACUCAGUGCUACGGUGUGUUUGACCCUUAAUUAAUUUUACGCCAGAAUAUCCCUUUAAUGAAGUAUUUAAGCUGAAAUUGGGCUAUUGGCGGAACUGAAAGUCUGAAUAUGAACAUAUGUGUUUAUUUCUUUGUAGAGCCUGUUAACAGAGCAACAGCAGCCAGGGAGUUCAGGGUGUUUCAUGCUGCACUUCACUCUCUCAACUCAACAUACAGAGACUCAGUGAGUAGAGAACACAAUCAGGGUCAUGACCCUCUCGUUGUAUGUAUCUAGGGUUUAGCUAGGUCUAAUAGCUUUCUCAACCCUUACAAAUAGUCUUCACCGUUAACUACUGGUAGGCUUUUGGGGAAUCACACUUUUUUGGAACACAAAUCUGAAUAGUAUCUGUUGUGAGUUCUCUCUGUAUUGCGUUAACAACUGUGAUUAGAGAUGAGUUUUGAUUGGCUCACCUGUGAUACAUUAGAGCACAUUGUAUUAUCAUUAUCCUGAACAACUACAUGGUAGUCAAAGAUUUGCCUCGACUCAAAUACUCUGGCAGCUUUUCAUUGCAUAAACCCACCAGCCAAAAGCCUUUUUUUUUGGUACAAUCAUAGUCAAGGUAGAACAAUACUUGGCACAGCACUAAAAAAAUGUGAGAAUGGAGACAGAGAUGGAGAUAAAGUAAAUAGAAUCAUUGAAAAUUAUUUCACAACAAAGCUCUUUUUAAAGAUUUGAACCAUCCUAAAAAAAUUACAGUAUCUUUGUACACUCUUAUCAGUUUGGGUAGUUAUCUGUAAAGAGUGUGAUAUAGAAAUGAGGUUAAAAUAAGAAAGGAUCAACCAUAGAUAUAUGCUCGAUAAUUAUCCUUAUACUGGUGGUCAAAACAUACAUUGGGGUUUUCAUAAUAUACUAGUUUUUUUUUGUUUGACUUGUUGCCUUGUCUGCUUCCAGAGUAUGCCUCCCUAACACUCAUAUUACCGAUCAUUAUUGUUAUUGAUAAGUAGCUCAUCUCAAUGUAUAUCAGAUCUACAUUACACACAUUUGCCGUGUACUUCAAGUGUUAAAGUCAUUGCAGAUUUAUUGUCAUGAUGAAAACUUUAUCCAAACAGAAUGAUCAACUUUGCUAUAGAAUCAAGUUUCUGCUGCUGUUUCCUGUGCGACAUUUUCAAAUGCUUUUUCCCUCUUACUCAGGUAUAUAAAAUGCUGACAAAUAAAGAGUCUUUGGAUCAGAUCAUUGUGGCCACACCAGGACUCAGGUCAGACCCUGUCGCCUUAGGUAAGUUGUGCAGAGGCUUUAGAGCUACCACUGUUACGCUGUUAAAUUGGAAAUGCAAAUAUGCAAAUAGUAAGAUUUUCAUCUCAAACCUGUGUUUCUGUUCAGGGGUGCUCCAAGACAAAGAUCUCUUUGUGCAGUUCACAGACCCCAGCAUGCUGGACAUGUGAGUGUAGCAGUUCUUUGUUCCUAGCUGUGUCUUCAGGCAUUUUAAUUUAGUGCAGUGAAGUCACACAUGAGGUUGGUGGUCUGAAUUUAUAUUAUUCAUAUAUAUAUAUAUUUUUUGUCUGUGUCACAGAUUGAUCAGUUCACACCCCGCCCUUGUCAACGCCAUCAUCCUGGUCCUGCACUCUGUGGCUGGUAGUAUGCCGGCUCAGUCCAGCGCAAACUCAUCUCGCAAUGUCUCAGCCAGUUCUUACAGUGAUAUGCCUGGUAAGUUGUGUUCACCCUAUUUAAAUAGCAUAUGCAUUUUGAGCAUGAACAAACUAAGACUUUUUUUUAUAAAUGUAAUUGUCCGUUCUCUUUCUCUCCUCUUUCUAUUGCUGUGAUUAUUUUUUUAUUCAUUGUAUGGAUUGUGUUUUGACUACAGAUUAACAUAUUUUCUUCCAUCUGUCAGGAGGCUUCAUGUUCGAGGGCAUGUCUGAUGAUGAGGAGGAUUUCCAGGCUGUGAGUCAGCCAAUUUUCUACUCACCUUUUAUUCUAUAAAUGAAAAUUUCAUGAAGGAAGAUGUCUUAUGGUACCUCUGUCCCUCUUGAUAUGCUGUAACAGGGAAGCCCAGCAGGUCCCUCCAGCAGAGCAGGAGGCUCAGCAGGAAUGCGGCCGGUGUCUUUAGGCCACAGCGGUGCAACAGGACCUCGCCCAAUAACACAGAGUGAGCUAGCAACCGCUUUGGCUCUCGCUAGCACUCCUGACAGCAGCGCAGUCACCCCAACAACUUCAAGCCAGGUAAGAUGUGAAAACAUCUGAAUGUAUACAUAAUUUUGUUUAACUAUUACUUAAAAUAUGACAAGUAUAAGAACUGUAUUUGUAUGUAAAGCAUUACAUCUUACUAUAUCACAGCAGAUGAAAAUGUUUGUUUGUCUUCUCUGUUAUUCUGUGAAUCAGGCGGACCCCUCCAGUAGUGUGGCCCCCAUGCCAGCAGGAACACCAGUAAGCAAUGACCUCUUCAGCCAGGCGCUACAGCAAGCUCUGCAAGCCUCCAACAUGACUGCUCUACAGGUCAGGCUCACAGAUCAUGUUUCACAUACUAAGUUAAAGGAGGAAAUGACUUAAUGAAAUAAAGAAACAAUAAGUGACAUCCUGAGUGGAUUUUUAUCAGUGCAUUGUCCACUGAGUGCAUGUUUUUGUAUGUCAGGGCCGCUGGCAGUCCCAGAUGCAGCAGCUUAGGGACAUGGGGAUCCAGGAUGAGGAGCUGAUGCUGAGGGCGCUGCAGGCUACAGACGGUGACAUCCAGGCUGCCCUGGAGCUCAUAUUUGCUGGAGGCCCAGGACUCUGAGCCUACACCUUAAAGACAAAAGCAAAAGUGUUAGAAAGCAGGAGAAGAACUGUACACUCACUGCACAGUUUUUAUAAAUUACUGCUUUUAACAUAAAGCCUACAAACUUUGUCAUCUCACCUCCCUUGCCCCCCUUUUGUUUAACUUGUUGUAAAAAUAUAAAUAAAUGUAGUCAUGCUCAUCUCAUUGUUUAUUGAUCAGUUUUUGGUUUUGUUUUGAAUUUGUCCAUUCACCUAAAACACCAACUGAACUCUGCUGAAUUGGGAUCAGAAUCAGAUUUAUUGUCAGUUGCAUUUUCGCCGAUAUGUAAUUUAUUGCAGGAUUUUGAUACAACAUUAUAGAAAAAAAUUAACAAUAGACAUGUUGAAUAGUAAGGUAACCCUGUGCCUGGGGUUCUGCUUUAUAUUUGUUUGCUAAUUAAGGAUAUGUAAUCAAACAAAUAUGUGGUUUUACUACUGAAAUUUGAGCUUGAAUUAGUGCUCCAGCCACACAUUGUAG